AUGUCAGAUCCUGCACGUCAGAAGGCUGUUUUACAGCAGGUCAAUCAGUUUUGGUCGAUGCUAGACGAUAUGUCACAGAAUAAUCCUGAGGGCUAUCGCACUUUCAUUGAGCGCCAGUUGCGGGAGGGGACUGAAUAUCACUCCCCACCUCAGCCAAAUGCAUGUCUCCGGACCUCUGUACUGGGCUCAAAAGAGGCACUUCUGUACAUCAACGUGUGUGGAUGGAAAAGAGUUCCUGCUCCACCGUCAGACACAGAGCCUGUCCCAGUGUGUGGAGGAAGACUAGAGAUGGAAUCUGAGGGAAAUGAGCAGUACAGUGUGUUGGAUGUGGCCUUCAGUCCUGAUGUUCUGAUGAAGAUAGAGAAAAACAAGCAGGAGCAGGAACAACUAUAUGUCUUGACUCUGAGAUUUGCUCAGCAGCAGUUUGGACUGAGUCUGUCUCAACACUACAUUGUCACCAAAGACAAGAUGAAGGGGAGCUUACAAAACAUGAAACGUCGCCUUAUGCUGUCGCCACAGCAGCCCAACAGCUUCAACCAGAACUCAAAGCCAGACCCAGCUCCCUCACUGCUUCAGCAGAUCUUCUCUCUGAGACAGGCAGGGAAUGAGGGUGACACGUCCAUCCAGCUGUCUGUGGACCAGGAGGACAAACAGUCUAGAUCAGGCCUGAUUGAGGUGAUCUCUAGUACAGACACAGCUCAGCCCCAGCAGCCUAACCACCACUUAUCAGUUACUGCAGAUCCCACUGGUACAGGCAAGAGCCUGCAGCUCACUGUGGAGCUGCCUGGAGUGAGCUCUGUCUCCCAGUGUCAGCUUAGGAUCUCUCAGGAUGAUAUAUUGUUGGAAGUAGAAGACCUGUAUCACCUACACUUACAGCUUCCUGAAACAGUGAAUGAGGAAACAUGUACUGCAACAUUCAACAAAAAGAAACAUACUCUCCAUGUCAAAGUGUCUGUAUUGUAA